AAUUUGUCACUUCUUCUCUGAGUGAAGAAGUAAAGCUGAGUCUCACCUCACGGUCACGAGACUGAUCUGAAAUCAUCUAAUCAACGAUGAAGAACUCGAGUGUCGUCGAUCUGCUGCUUCUUCUUCUGCUAGCGAUCACCGUUCUCACAACCCCCGCGUUCUCCGAUCUGGUUCUAUCCAAAGUCGAACGUCGCAUCGAUGUGACGUCACAGAUUGCUCGUGUUACUAAGACCCUUAAGGUUGUAAACUCUGGCUCCGAAUCAGUGUCCGAGUUUACUUUAACCUUCCCUAAGUUCCUCGGUAACAACUUGGCUUACCUAACGGUUUCACACAGCGAGGGAAAAGGGAAAGCCAAACGGUCUCUAGCCAAUCUCUCCGUGGAAGAAGCUAACCCUAAAGGAAUGCCUGAUUCAGUCAGUUUCUACACGGUCGCAUUACCUAAACCGCUCAGCAAAGGCGAUACUCUGACGUUAGAGGUGGUUGCUGCUUUCACCAAUGUGCUUCAGCCGUUUCCGGAGAAGAUAAGCCAGAGAGAUAUCCAUCUCGUUAUGCUCCAAGAAAGCGCGCAGUAUCUCUCUCCUUACGCGGUAGAGUCGCAGUCGUUGUCUGUUAAGCUACCACACAAUGCGAGGAUCGAAUCUUACACCAAACUUGAGAACACAAAGGUUCAGGGCUCGGAGAUCAAAUACGGGCCUUAUAAGAAUCUCGCACAGUAUUCGUACGCUCCCAUUGUUGUUCACUUUGAAAGCAAGGCUGCGUUUGCUGUGGCUGAGAAGCUCGUGCGGGAGAUAGAAGUGUCGCAUUGGGGGAACGUGCAGGUCACGGAGCAUUACAAUCUCGUUCACCGAGGGGCUCAACUCAAGGGAGAGUUUUCAAGGUUAGAAUAUCAAGACAGACCUAAUCCUCAAGGAGUAUCUGCCUUUAGGCAUUUACUUGCCAGAUUACCACCAAGAGCCCAUUCCAUAUAUUACAGGGAUGAUAUUGGCAAUAUCUCCACGUCUCAGAUGAAAAGUGAUUCGAAAAAGACAGAGGUUCUUAUUGAGCCUCGGUUUCCAUUGUUCGGUGGGUGGAAAACGUUUUUCACGAUAGGUUAUGGUUUGCCACUCAGUGACUUUUUGUUUGCAUCGGAAGGGAAACGUUUCCUCGACAUCUCCUUUGGCUCCCCUAUGCUUGACCUUGUCACUGAGAAACUUAUUGUACAGGUUGUCUUACCUGAGGGUUCAAAAGAUAUAUCAGUUACCACUCCAUUCGCUGUCAAGCAGUCUCACGAGAUCAAAUAUUCCCACUUAGAUAUAGCUGGUAGACCAGUUGUUGUGCUCGAAAAGAACAACGUUGUCCCUGAUCACAAUCAGAAUAUCCAGGUCUACUAUAAGUUCAGCAACAUCAAUCUGCUGAGUGAGCCAUUGAUGUUAAUCACUGGAUUCUUUGUUUUGUUCAUCACUUGCAUUAUUUACACACGGGCUGACUUCUCCAUCUCCAAGUCCUCUGCUGCAUAUUUGGCCAAACUUCAAUGGGAUGAGGUCCUGGCAACAGUCCAGGAAGUUCAAAACAUCAUCCAAAAAUGCUUAGCUGCACAUGAUAAGCUGGAAGCAUCGCUGCGUGAUCUAUCAAGAACCGGUGACAUUCAAACCUGCAAAGCAGCUCGCAAAUCCACCGACAGUUCGCUGAAAGAUCUCUCAAAAGAACUGAGACCUCUUCUGGCUUCCUUACAAUCUUUCCCAUCAGCCUCUCAAAUAUCUCCAAAGGUUGAAGAGCUAGUUGCGAAAGAGAGAGAACUUCAAGAGAAGUUGAUGGCCAAACACACCACUGUUGUUGAAGGGUACGAGAAGAAAUCCUCAGGGCGUGAUAUCGAAAACCGAAUCGCUUCUCAGCAGCAAAAGAUCAUAGCCUUGAGGCAAGAAGUAGAAGAUCUUCUAGAGUUCAUUGAUGAAAUCUAGAAAAAAGUUAAAAUGUAGCAGAUCCCUUUUAAGCUUAAAAACCAGACUUUUAGUUUAUCAUCAAACUUUAAAAGACAGCUCUAGUUCCUUCACAACAUGAAACUUUCAAUCAAUUUCUCUUACAAAAUCA